CUCGGCGGCGGAUGGAUAUUUUACAACACUACGACUGUGGCUCCAGAAAGUGCUAGAAGCGGCACAGCAACAGGAACCCUUUCAGAGCCUGUGAUUGGUUGGCACAGUUGUUUGUUUGACCUGCGAUUGGUUGCUGUGGUACACAGGAUGACUGGAACUUUCUGGGUGGGACGUCCAGUUACACGUCAAUAGGUUUCGCAACAAACAAGUCACACCAGUUUCGUCUGGACUUUAUUCAGUAGUUGGGUAAAUACAUUCCUGUUCUUUGACUUGACAUGACUAAAAAUGGAGCUUGUGAAACAUACAGGUGGCUGCCACUGUGGUGCUGUAAGAUUUGAAGUAUUGAGUUCCCCAGACCUCCAUGUUUUUCAUUGCAAUUGUAGUAUUUGCACCAAGAAACAAAACCACCAUUUCAUCAUCCCAAAAAGCCAAUUCACCCUCCUACAGGGGUUGGAUAAUCUGACCACGUACACGUUUAACACUCACGUUGCUAAACACACCUUCUGUAAAACCUGUGGGGUUCAAAGUUUCUACUCACCCCGCUCCAACCCUGACGGAUACGGUGUUUCUCCGCACUGUUUGGAUCCAGGUACUGUUCGCAGUGUCACAGUGGAGAAGUUUUGUGGAGAGAAAUGGGAGGAAAGCAUGCAAACUCACAAAACCAUCAGAGACAUGUCUAAACCUGUACAGGAAAAAUAACACAGCUGUGAUAUAAAAAUCAAACCUUUUAAUCAACAUUGUAUCAGAAAUAUUGAACCGUAUUUUCAAUGAUUUAUCAAAUAAUACAAUGAAGAAAAAUGUAACCAUUUGGAAAAACUCAAAAACCCAGUGUUGUUUUAAUGUAGUAGUAUGAAGUUGCUUCUGUAGCAAAAAGACAAGAAAUUACUAAUAUUAAUAAACAUUUCAAAAUGGU